CCCCCACCUACGGUCACCGCCAGGCGUGUCUACGGUCACCGCCAGGCGUGUCACCGCCGCCCAGCCCCCACAUUUUCAUUUACAGCGUGUCACCGCCGCCCAGCCCCCACCUACGGUCACCGCCAGCCGCCGACUCUCCUACGACCACCGACCGCCUCUCCACGCUCAGUCGCAGCGGCCGAAUCUCCUACCUCCACGCUCAGUCGCUGCACACCUACGACCACUCUUCUCUCCUUUUCCCUUCAGUCACUGCCCAGGUAGACAAAUUAUGUCUAUUGAAGAAUUGGCAGUGGAUAUUGAUAAUUUUGGUAGUGUGGUUGACCAAACUUUUGAGUUAAAAGAUUUAACUUUUACCCUUAAGGAAAGAGUUAACAAAGGUCAUGCCAAGGGUUUGCUUAAUGUUGGAUUUGGAUUUGACGAAAUACGCUGCAGUCUUUGGAGAUUGUCCGCGAAGUGGCAUGACUAUAAGUUGAUUCAGAGUUACUACCGCAAAGAACACAAAUGCCGAUUAAAAAUUUACUAUUUAAGUGUUCUAAAUGAACAGGAUAUGUUUUUGGUAAUUUCAGAGGAGGUUAUUAAAACCCUGGAUGAGGAGAUUAAAACCAUGAAAAAGUUGGGUAGUGGUGAAACUAAACUGGAUGAUAAGGAUGGAUUUCUUUAUCCUUUAAGAUCCCUGUUUGACAGUCUCACAGCUGUACGUGAGAUUUGUCAUGAUUUUACAGUGACGUCCUCAGAUUUGUUUUUUGUCAAAUCUGAAAAGAUCACGCAAUCUGAAAAAAUGUUCACCAAAUCUGAAAUUUUGAUAAUCAAGGUCGGGUUUGUACAACCCUAUGAACUUAAAAAGAAUGAAAAGUUGAAAUGCACGAAAAAUGUUAGUCGAAUGGUGUUCAACAAAUGGAUAGGUAUAACUAAUGCAGAACUCCCAAAGGACCUAUUGCUUCUUCGUAAGGUGCUUGACUCGUUUGAGCCAAAUAACAUAAAUCAAUUUAAAAUGCUUCGGAUGCAUCCGAGGUUUUAUAUGGAUGCUAGCAAAGAAUGGCUUUUGGAUUUUGCUGUGAAAUUUCAACGGAUAAUGUCUUCAAAGAACCUAAAGUCAAAAGACUGGAUUACGGUGACGAAUUCAUUGGGAUUGGCAUUUAAGAAAAUGCAAUAUAGUGAUAUUGUUGGUGAAAAUGCCAAGUGGUAUUCCGAAGAUAUUAGUAAUAGCAUCAUCAGAGACUGCUUCAACUUUGUACCUAGUAAGCCAACGCCUCCCUCACAAGAAAAGGCAGAUCCUCCUUCACAAGAAAAGGCAGAUCCUCCCUCACAGCUCAUUGCAAAUAAUCAAUUAAAGUUUAUGAUAAGAACUAUGCGAAAUCUUGCGACACACGCUAUCGAGCAUUCAGAUAACUUAGAAUUUUCUCAAGUUUGUGAUGCCAUAGAAGAGUUUCGCCCGAACUGCUGGGCUGUUUUACAUUACGCAGCUAUGGUAAGUAUACCAGAGAGGUUUGUUGAAGAUUAGUUGAUUUCCCUGCGGUUUGUUGAAGAUUAGUUGAAGAUUAGUUUUGUAUGACACUAUCGGCAAAUUGUACCUUCGAGCAUCUGUGUUAUGCUUACCAAUCAACUUUAUUUUGACCUCUACUCUUGGAUUUGACUAGAUAGCUUCUCUAGCCAUUUGAAAUUAUUUAAUCAAAACAUUGCACUCAUAUAAAACAGCUUGGAUAUCAGCAACAAUGGAGUGUAAACGAAUUGAAUCGAAUCAAAUAUCUUACUAUUUGAUUCGAAUUCGAUUAUUUUGAGAACUAUUUGAAUUCGUAUUUGAUAAAUAUUUGAAUCUAAAA